UUUUGCGCAUGCGCAUCAACCACAGACGAAUAGUAAUCCUCGUAAACGGUUGUUUUCGUCCUGUUGAGUAUUAAAGUAGCGUUGUAAAUAUUACCAAAUUAAUGGUUUGAUCAAAAACGGUUUGUGUUAAGAAGUAAGUCUUCAUUAAGCAUGCCACAAAACCUGGAGAGUAACAGAUUUCCAUCAUCCUUUAACCAGUGCACAUCUCCAUCUCAAGGCAUUGUGCUUAAAAAGCGCCACUUCCUGCAUGCUCUUCUGUCUUCUAGGAGUAAAAAAGCAAGAAGGAUGGGCAGCAAUGAGAGAGAUAAUCCAGAGACAAACGAGUUACUACUCUUGAGUAAAGUUGACCCAGCUGUUAAACCUAAAAGUUCCAACUCGGAAGAACUGACAUCGUAUCCGGAUGUGCAGCCUCUGCUUAGAGUUCCACAAAAGUAUCGUAUGAGGGAUCAGUAUGGAUACCUUUUGGCAAACAAAUAUAUGGAAAGGGCACCAGCCUCUACCUCAUGGUUACUUGCAUCACACAUGUCAGCGUGUAGCAAGCUUGUGCUCAGUGUCAGAAGUCUUAAACUUGGAAAACUAAACAUGAUUUUCAGAGGUUUUGUCACAUUGUCAGUGGAUUAUAUUGAGAUUACAAAUGGAGUGCGAAUUGAGGCGUUAGAGCUCACCAGCUGUGAAUGGUGCAGGGGAUGUAAGCAGCUGACUUUGUUUCUGCAAAUGAGUGAUGCAGCACAACGGCAACUGAGAGAGCAGUUUGCCAUGUCUACAGAUAUAAGGAUGUGGGAUGGCUGUCUGAGUGAAAGAAAUUCCUGCUUCCCUCUGACAGAUGAACAAGAAAAGUACCUCAGCAUUAUCUUUGAGAGUGUUCCAACAGUGCUGGAGGAGGCCACACUAGAAGAAAUCUUUACCAAAAUUGGAAGACAUAAGAAUUUGAGUAACUUUUAUGUCAAGCUCACAUGUAAGGAAGCCAGUGACAGACUAAUGGCACGUAAACAUUUACAGAAGGAGUUGUAUUCAGAUCCCUUUUCUCCCACUAAAGUUCAGAGUGACGUAACAAUCCUGAGUGUCUCAGAAAGCGAUGUGGAGGAUGAUGAUGAUGACGACCUGAAAGUGUGUCCAUCCUCACACAAUCAAUUAGCCAAAACACUGGUCAUGUAUCCACCUCCCCCAGCAAAGGGUGGCUUUUCUAUCACUGAAGAAGACCUUAGUUGUCUCAAUGAGGGCGAAUACCUAAAUGAUGUGAUAAUGGAUUUCUAUUUAAAAUAUUUGGUCUGUGAGAAGUUACAGAAGGAGGAUGCCAACAAGUAUCAUGUAUUCAGCUCCUUCUUUUACAAGAGUCUCACUCAGAAUGACCUGAUAGACGAUCUGGACAGCACAGGUUUAUCCAUUCAAGAGAGGAGGCAUAAUCGGGUGAAAACAUGGACCAGGCAUUUGGAUCUUUUCAAGAAGGACUUUAUCUUUGUCCCGAUUAACCAGUCCGCUCACUGGUACCUGGCUGUUAUCUGCUUCCUGGGCCAAGCAUCAGACUGCUUCAUUAUGGAUCCUUAUGAGAACAAGAAUGAGGAGAACUCUAUAGUGCUUUCUCCCAGCUCACCAUUUUCAAACCCCAUGUCACUUUUCUACAAACUCCAAACACCUAAGCAGGUUUCAAAGUGGAGUGCAUCUCAAGGUGAGAUGGAUGAGGGGUUCUGCUUUGUUUCAGAUGAUGACCUAGAUGACGAAUUUCAGUAUACCGGAUCCAGCAGAUAUGCAUGCAAAAUAAGUGAUACUGCUUCUGAACAGCCCUGCAUUCUCAUUAUGGACUCACUCAACUGUAGUGACAAACCAACAGUAGUGAAAACACUACAAGAGUAUUUGGAGAUGGAGUGGCGAGUGAGGAAGAGCUCAUCGUGGAGUUUUGGGAAUCAAGCCAUGAAUGGAUGGAGUGUGCAGGUCCCACAGCAGGAUAAUCAUACCGACUGUGGGGUUUAUGUUUUGCAGUAUGUGGAAAGCUUCAUCACAAACCCUCCAAGGGCUUUUCACCCUGCCAUGGAUCUGAGGGACUGGUUUUCACAGACACUUGUGAAAAAAAAGCGGGAAAGAAUCAAAAGGCUUAUUUUUAGACUGCACCAGGAACAGAAAGCUGACCUCGGAAAAUGAAUGCCACCUAGAGAUUAUCUUCAAUCUAACCUCAAUUCUGUUAGCUAAACUUUCAAAAGGCUAUAUAGAUUAAAUGAUUUUGUUUCCUGUAUUUAGACAAAGAACAAUUUUGUUUGUAAGAUUCUCUAAAAGCAUAUAGCAAAAUAAAGUAUUUAAUU